UGUCAAAUAAUAAAAUAGACAGAGACAUCUAUAAUAACUGGUGGAGUUAUAACCUUCACCAAUAUUUAAGAAAAAAUAAAUAAAAUUAUUGUUCAUUCUUUGUUCUCUCAAAUUGGCUAUGGCACCACAUGAAAGCAGGUCUCUUCAAGACACACCCACUUGGGCUGUGGCCACUGUUUGUCUUGUUUUCAUUUCUAUUUCAAUUUUCAUCGAACAAUUGAUCCAUAUACUCGGCACUUGGUUGAAAAGGAACAGAAAAACUGCUCUGUAUGAGGCUGUGGAGAAGCUCAAAUCAGUGCUUAUACUUUUGGGACUCAUGUCUCUGUUCUUGGCUGUAACUCAAAGACCAAUCUCUAAAUUUUGCAUACCCACUAAGUUAGCUUACACCAUGCUUCCAUGCCGGAAUAGUGUCCACACAAAAACUAUUAAAUCUAUUGGUGUGUUAUUACAUUCAAACUCCUUCAACACCAUUAAUACCAACACCUUCUUUGAGGAUUUUCAUGAGUUUGAACCCCAAAUGGGAAGAAGAUUGGGAGAAGAUGAUGAAUCUAGUUUGGCUGAUUAUUGUGAAUCACAGGGGAAGACCUCAUUUAUAUCACAGGGUGGAAUGAACCAACUCAAUUACUUCAUUUUUGUUCUAGCAAUGAUGCAAAUUGUCUAUAGUGUCCUCACUAUGGCUUUGGGAAGAGCCAAGAUGAGACGGUGGGAGGCUUGGGAAAAAGAAACUCAGACAGUGGAAUAUCAAGUUGCUAACGAUCCAUUUCGAUUUAGGUAUACUAGACAGACAACAUUUGCAAGAAGACAUAUGAGUUCAUGCACACCUACUUCAUCUAUGCUUUUAUGGAUUAUAUGCUUCUUUCGACAGUUCUUUAAUUCAGUUGCAAAAGUUGAUUACCUAACUCUACGCCAUGGAUUCAUUUCGGCUCAUUUGACCAGUACAACCAACAAUUCAUUUAAUUUCCAAAAGUACAUAGAAAGAUCACUUGAGGAUGAUUUCAAAGUUGUAGUUGGCAUCAGCCCUCCCAUGUGGCUUUUAGUCGUCGUUUUCAUGCUUGUGGAUGUACACGGUUGGCAUGUAUAUCUCUGGGUUUCAUUUAUCCCACUACUUAUUGUGGUUGUACUUGGUGCUAAGCUUGGAGUAAUUGUGGCAAGGAUGGCUCAUACACUUGAUGAAAAGGAUAAUGUAAUCAUGGGAAGUCCUUUGGUACAACCAAAUGAUAAUCUUUUCUGGUUUGCUCAACCCAAAUUCGUCUUGACCCUCUUGCAUUUAACCUUAUUUAUGAAUUCUUUCGAGUUAGCUUUCUUUGUUUGGGUCACGUGGCAAUUUGGGAUUUCGUCUUGCUACCAUGAACAUACAUUGAUUAUUAUUACAAGAGUGGUUUUAGCGGUGACAGUUCAAGUAAUGUGCAGUUACAUCACUCUUCCUCUGUAUGCUCUUGUUACACAGAUGGGAUCAAACUUCAAGAGUGCAGUUCUAGAAGAGCACACAGUGAAAGCUAUAAAACAAUGGCACUCAGAAGUAAAAGAAAAAAGAAAGAGAAAUCAAACUUCACAACAUGAAUUAUCUUCUACAACCACGACCACCGUUAACACUAUGGACCACCACAAUACUAAUACUAAUAGUAAUAAUACUAGUCCUCAACAUUUAUUGUCUCAUCAUAACCGUUCACCUACUUUUGCUGAUCAACUUCAACGUUUUCCAAUUGAUCAUCAUCAUCAUCAUACUACUACUCAUGAUGAAAUUGUUGAAGAACAAAAAUAAUCAAUCUUAAUUAAUUAAGAUACAACAUUUUGUUAAUACAUAUAGAUUAGUAAUUCUUAAUUUGAGUAAAUUAAUGUAUUUAUAUUAAUUAAGCUAUUAAUCAUUUUUUGUUUUGUAUAAGUUUGUAUUAAUAUUGAUGUUUUCUACA